AUACAGAAAUUUCUCCGGUUUUUAAGAAUUCCUCAAGAAUGGAAAUGCAGGACAUUAAUCAGUUGAACACUUCUAACCCGACUGUUCAGACCGAUACAGAAACAGUUACACAGAUAUGCAGCGACGAAAAGCCUUUAAUUAGUGAAACUAAAGAAAGAUUAUUGGAUAAAAGAAAUAUUCCUGAAUAUCGCUGUGGGAUUUGUAGGAAAACAUUCUCUUCAAAACAUGAAGUUUUAACGCACAAAGAAAUACACAAAACAGAGAAACUAUAUCGAUGUGAAAUGUGUGACAAAUAUUUUGCUACUAAUAGUAAUUUAACAAAACACAAAAAAUUACACAGUGAAGAAAAACCACAUCAGUGUGAAAUAUGUGAGAAAUCGUUUGUCUAUAAAAGUUAUCUAACAAGGCACAAGAGAAUACAUACCGCAGACAAAAACUAUUGUUGUGAAAUAUGUGGGAAAGCAUUCUUUGAAGAAUAUGAUCUUGUAGUUCACAUAAGAAUCCACACUGGAGAAAAACUCUAUCAUUGUGAAACUUGUGGAAAAUCAUUCUGUCAUCGUUUUACUCUCGUAGCUCAUCAAAGAAUACACAGUGGAGAAAAGCCAUUUCACUGUGACAUAUGUGGGAAAACUUUUGGGAUGAAAUCUGAUUUAACAAACCACGUGAGGAUACAUACUGGAGAGAAACCCUACGUCUGUGAUCUCUGUGGGAAAUCGUUUACUGUUAGCAGCGUUUUAAAAUCACACUGGAGAAUUCACACAGGAGAAAAACCAUUCCGCUGUAAAAUAUGUGGGAAAUCGUUCUAUACGAAUUCCAGUCUUGUGGUUCACCAAAGGAGACACACGGGAGAAAGACCCUAUCAUUGUGAAAUAUGUGAUAAAUAUUUUGCCUUUAGUGGUAACUUAACAACACACAAGCGGAUACAUUCGGAAGAAAGGCCUUAUCGUUGUGAAACAUGUGGGCAGUCAUUUAAAAAUAAUUCUCAUUUACAGACACACAAACGAAUACAUAGCGGAGAGAAGCCCUUCCAUUGUGAAGUAUGCGGGAAAUCGUUCUCUGAUAGUUCUAAUCUUAUAGUUCACAAAAGGACACAUACCGGGGAUAAACACUUCAUCUGUCAAACAUGUGGGAAAUCGUUUUGUGUGAAAGCAAAUCUUGUUGCUCACCAAAGAAUACACAGUGCAAUAAAAUAUCCAUUACCUGCAAAUACUCUGCACUCCCUAAUGAUCCAAAACAGUAUUGAUAUUUUAAUGCAUUUCCAUCGUGGUAUCUUUACCCGCCAUAUUAGCUGCACCAAAGACCAAGCAUUCAACUCCAUCAUGCACCAAUGCCGGCCUUAUGAUCUUGUAGUUCACAUAAGAAUCCACACUGGAGAAAAACGCUAUCAUUGUGAAACUUGUGGGAAGUCUUUCUGUCAUCGUUCUACUCUUAUACCUCAUCAAAGAAUACACAGUGGAGAAAGGCCGUUUCACUGUGACAUAUGUGGGAAAACUUUUGUGAUCAAAUGUGAUCUAACAAACCACGUGAGGAUACAUACUGGAGAGAAACCCUACAACUGUGAUCUCUGUGGGAAAUCGUUUACUGUUAACAGCCACUUAAAAUCACACAGGAGGACUCACACUGGAGAACGACCAUACCGCUGUAAAAUUUGUGGGAAAUCUUUUAGUGAGAAUUCCAGUCUUGUGGUUCACCAAGGGAAACACACUGGAGAAAAGCCUUAUCGUUGUGAAAUAUGUGAUAAAUAUUUUGCUUCUAAUGGUAACUUAACAGCACAUAGAAGGAUACACACGGGAGAAAGGCCCUAUCAUUGUGAAACAUGUGGGCAGUCAUUUAAAAAUAAUUCUCAUUUACAGACACACAAACGAAUACAUAGUGGAGAGAAGCCCUUCCAUUGUGAAGUAUGCGGGAAAUCGUUCUCUGAUAGUUCUAAUCUUAUAGUUCACAAAAGGACACAUACCGGGGAUAAACGCUUCAUCUGUAAGACUUGUGGGAAAUCGUUUUAUGGGAAAUCAAGUCUUGUUGUUCACCAAAGAGUACACAGUGCAAUAAAACCAUGAAACUGAAAUCUGUGGAAAAUAUUUUUGAUCAAACAGUGAUUUGAAAAAAAAGCAUUUAAUCCACAUGGGAGAAAAACCUUUCUAGUGUUAGAGUUCAUGUACACAGUCACACUAGAGAAAGGCUUUUUCAUUGUGAAAUCUUUUAGCAAUAAAAGGACGAACAAAUACAAACAAGCGAAAAAUCUUUUAACGGCCAAAUGUAAGAAAAUUUCUUACAGUCCACCAACAUUGAAGAAUAUCCAUUGUGGGCAAGCGCUGUGAGAAUCAAUCUUUUACAGAUUUUAUCUGAGAGAAAGAGCCUUUGUCCUAACCGUUUAGCACUCACACCUGACACCAACAUCAGCCACGUGAUUGUUUACUUUUAGAAUGACAUUGUAGGGUAGGUGUGAGAAGGUGGACUUUGCUGGUUUCAACAUAAAGAUGGAUACAGCUAGUGUAACCCAUUAGCAUUCAGAUUCCUGUGUCAAAUGUAAUGCUUAUUUAUAUACAUACUUUUGAACUAAUCCUGCAUUAUCUCAGAGCUUUGAAAGUUUGAUGAUGUUAUUGUAUUUUUUGCAUGACAUUGUAGAGCAGAUGCGAGAGGUCAAAUCUGGCCAGUUUGAGCAUAAAACAUGUAGAAUAUUUCAGCCAGUUUAAGUGCUGAAUGGUUAAAGUGUUUGGGAAAUCCAUUACUGUGAAUUACAAUGACAUCCCUCAUUAAUCCUGAUUAGAAUAAUGCAGGGGUUAAUAAGAAAAAUGGAAGGGUAAAACAUUAUGUAUAUGUUGUUACCAGUUAUGUCCAGGAGGAGAAUAUUCAGAUGGUUUGUUGAAAAUAUUCUUUGUAAAUCUUUUAGCAUUCAUCAUUUUCUCAAUCACAUGAUUUCAGGUUCAGUCCCACUGCAUGGCACCUUGGUAGGCAGAAAUUCUCGUUGCAUGUGUACAUGUGUGUGUAAUUGCUUGUGCCUCCUGACAGUGAAAAGGAGGGUGGGUCUCUUUAAAAAACAAACAAAUAUACUCAAAAGGAAAAUCUUUUAAUAGCUAAAUGUAAGAAAAUUUCUUACAAAUCUAAACUUCUAAUCCACUGACAUUGAAGAAUAAUUAUCAUGUGCAAGCAUUAUGGAAAUCAUCUUUUUCAGUUUUCAUCUUUACAUGUCACACAUUUCAACAUCCAUACAUUCACAUUUAACAUGCACACAAGCACCCAGCACUUGCACAACAUGCAUAGAGAUGCUUAGCAAACAGAUUCAUUGCUAGCAUCAUCAUUUAACGUCCGUUUUCCAUGCUGGCAUGGGUUGGGUGGUUUGAUAGCAACUGGCCAUCUGAAGAGCUGCCCAGGCUCCAUGUCUGUUUUUGGCUCAGUUCCUAUGGCUGGAUGCCCUUCAUGAUGGAAACCACUUUACAGAGUGUACUGGAUAUUUUACACAGCACCAGGGUGUUAUGUAGCACUGGCAUGGGUGCUUUUUCUGAUGUGACACCAGCAAUAUACAUAAAAUUACUGUCGAUAGAAGAUGCAACCCUAUUUCUGCUGCUUAUGCUCCUACGUCUAUGAUUCUGAUCCACUGGUCUUCAAUAUAAAUGCAUAUCAAUAUGCAACUAUCAACUCAUUGGUGACCUUGCACUUGAAUA